AUGUUUAGAUAUAUAAACAUUGCUUAAGAAGAAGCAACAUUGUUUUAAUAGAUAUUGAUGUUAGCCAGUCAUGAACCCUUUAUUAUUAUUAGCAUAUUAUUUAUAGAACGUAUGGAUGACAAAGAAGCUAUUCUAAAGAAUAAUAUAAUUUGA